GGCUAUGGGGGUGGGGGGUGGGGGGGGGUGGAGAUCAUUUGGAUAAGCAAGCCUCAUCUGAAUAGCAAAUAUUUGUAAGGCAGCCUACUGGAGGAACCUGCUUUCUGACUUUUGUAGUAUUUUUGGGAAUCACCCUUCCCCUGAAGCUAGGCAGAAAAGAGAGUAGCGAGACAGAGGGAGGACACUGGAGCUGGGAGAGCUGACCUGGAGCGGGAUGGCCGGGCUGAGGUUCUUCUAAGAUCAGUUGGCUCACUCCCCCCUAGAGAUUCUUUGGAGCUCUUACACUCAGCGUUUCCACCCAAACAACAGUUCCAGACAGAACGCAGCAUUUGUUUUUGUUUAUUUUUCAUUUUUAAGUUUUCUCCUCUCCUCCGUCCUACUGUUCAGCACCUGGGCACCUUAUCCCAUAUGGGGAGAGGAGCAUUCUAGGGCUGUGGCCAUGGGUGGAUGUUACGGCGUGAGCAGGUCAACGAUUGCAGAAGCGUCACACAGGAAGGCAGAUUUCAUCGACAUUUCGGGGCUUAAAGUGAAGGAAAACAACAACAUCAAUGUGGGCUCUGUUUCAUACCAAAAACUCUACCUGCAGCCUGGAUACGUUUCAGAAAAAAUUUCACAGCUGGAUUUUAAGAAAUUGGUUUCCCCUCCCAGAUGGCCUGGACCUGGCAGAGUGGAUUGCAUCCAACACAGUUGGAUUCUUUAAACAGAUCAACAUAUUUUCAAGUGCAAUGUCAGAAUUUUGCACUGGGACAAGCUGUCCAGUCACGGAUGCUGCCGGAAACAAAAUAUAUUAUUGGCAUGAUGAGCAAGGGAAAAAGCUGAAGUGCUCUGCCCCUCUAUAUACAGACUAUGCAAUGUCUUAUAUUCAGGAGCUCCUCGAAGAUGAAAAUGUUUUUCCCACUAAAACUGGUUCCACAUUUCCUCCUGGAUUUAUUUUCAUGGCCCAGAAGAUUUUCCUUUACCUGUUCCACAUCUUGGCUCAUUUCUACUGGGCACAUUUUCAGGAAAUAGCACGACUUGAACUGCACCCCCACCUUAACACCCUGUACUUUCACUUUAUAAGCUUUAGUCAGGAGUUUAAACUUCUUGAACCACAAGAGACUGCCAUCAUGGAUGAACUGUCAAGGGCCUUGCUGAAACACAACCUCUGCUAAGGCCACAAGCAAAAACAGUUUGUGGAUUUCAAUGAACAAUUUCUUAUAGCAAAACAUUUUCAAAGAACUCUGCAUUCAAAGUCUUACUGCUGGACACAUCUCCACUUGCAUCAUAAAGAAGGGCUAUCAGUUUUCCAAUCCCAUGCAAUGUAAAAUUGAAAAAACUAAGUUAUGCACUUUUCUUAACAGACUACAAACUUUCCACAACUGACUUUCAAGAUUAUAGUUAACACUGAACUGCCAUCAAAGCCUCCAUUUUAAUUUCAACUUCAAGACAGAGAUUAUGGUAUUGGAAAAAUUGUUGAAUGUAGGCUGUCAGAAGCAACUUUGGGUUUCUGAAGCAGAAUGUUAUGAAAAUGUGCUUUUUAACAGGUAUACAGAAUUAGCAGAGGCACCAAGUGCUAUGCACAUUUACAAAAAUGACCUGCUAUUACUUCAUGUAAAUGCAAUUUCAAACAAUUAUGGUCAUUCAUUUCCCUGUGCCACGAAUGGCAACGUGGCAGUAUUUCUAAAGAGGAAUAGCAUUAAAUGCCAAAAUAUUGCCUUGAACUUAACUUUCCUGCAGUGAGUAGUGGAGUGUUUAUGACUUUGAUAUUGGAGGUUUUAUAAGAACAUUUCAUAUCACUUGAGUUUGUCCUAUAAAAUGUGAAAGCAAGCAAGCUGUGAAGUAUAAUAGAUUGUAAAUUUUUCAUAAACUUAUCUGAAGAUUGUAUUACUAAAAGCAAUCAGUUUAUCUGAAUAAUUUAGAAAUUUUGAUACAGUUUUCUUUUAUAGCCAUCCACAUCCUCAUUACUGUUACUAUUUUACGCACAGUUAGCCAACUAAGAAUUUCUGCGUUUUUAAUUAGAAUUAUUUAUAUUGAUGUCAAUGAAAUGUGCCAAUAUAUCUAGUUAUACAGUAUGUGCCAAUUAACUCCUCAACUCAGUACAAACAUUUUUCUAAUGUUAUGUAACAGUUUAUGGCAUUAAAACAUUAAUAUCUGUUGUUAAUAUUUUCAUAAGUACUAUUUGUAAGCAUUCAACAGAAGUAAUAUAACUGCUCAAUAAAAGCAGUUCUUAAAAAAUCUCAAAUGUUC